UCAGAAGAGAAUCGUUGGCCGCUGAGACACAGCAAUAUAAGAUAGCGCAUCAUAUGUGUCUUGCUGUUGCUUACACCACUGGGGGGCCCAAUCGCUGCUGCCGAAGACUACGUAUGCACCCAUGGCGGCAUCGUCGUCGCCCGACACGAAAGCGUUUUUCAUGGAAUUGGUAGAGAUGAUGAUAUCAGAGACACCAUCCCCUGCAGCCACACAGGGGAACUAAUCAAUGCACGGCAGUGGCUUAAUGACGCUGGUCUCCUUUGCUGACCGUUGAAGUCGCCUCGACCGAUUGGGUUGCCGAGAUAGGAGCCUGAUGGCCGUUGCGUGUUCUCAAUUUUGACUCCCCGAUAGAUAUCCAUUGCCUCUGGAUCGAAUGACUCCCCAAAAAUAUUGCCGCAGCACCCAAAGGUCAUAUUAGCUCUUCCCCAGAUGCCGCAGCAUCCGUGGAUUACAUAAACUCUCCCUCUGGUACUGUCAUACCUCGAAUCAGACACCAAGAGGUCAGGGAUUGUAUCGCCGUUGAAGUCGCCGGCAUCGAUGAUGCCAAUCCAAUCAGACAUGUUUCCUCCCGGUCGAAUCUCCGUCCCAAAUGUCUCAGCGUCGCUCCAGUGGAUGUCCCUCAGAUAGCUGAAGUCGGUCACGCCGUCACCUGUAACAUCACUAAUGGCCCCGACGCGAAUAUCUUGCCGGAAUUGGGGGCUUAAGGCAGAAGAUCCUCCUUGUGCCGAAGUGACAUUGUUCAGGUCCGCACAUUUGACAUCGCUCUCGUUGAUGUAUUUGGAAAAGUCCUCAUAUGAGAGCCUCCAAUGUUGCUUCUUCACGUAAGGCUCCCGAAUGAGUAUCUCGCUCUUGCCGUCCGAGUUGAGGUCUCCGAUGGGCCAGCCGAAUAGCGACACAUGCGCGCGACGCGAGUCAGGAUGUCUUAUCAUGUGUCUGGCAUCGUACUUUUCCGCUCCUUCGAGAUCAAAGGCGGAGCAGAUCACAUCAAAAUGGGGCACUUGGCUGUCAGUCGAGUACAAGUCCAGGAUGCCAUUGAAGCUAGCCGGCAGAUACGACAUUGGUCCGCCUGAACAUCCACAAGUGCAAGUGAUGGCCUGACUUAUACUAUCGUCAUGUCUCAUCUAUCGUACCAUAAAGCACGACCACAUUCAUGUUAUAUCCACUCAGCACCACAUCAUUAUAGCCAUCCCCAUUAAUGUCGCCCCUGAACAAGGGUAGUGAGACAGCAAUUUGUUUGUGUGUCUGUGUGUGUUCUCUCUCUCUCUCUCUCUCUUUCUUCUUCUGCUGACCCUUGGCUUGGCUGACAGUAGCGAGCGUCCGAUUCGGGAUUGUUAUAGCGAAUGCGAAAGCCAUUCGUGCCGUCCAUCGAGGCCAGAUCGAUAUCGAUCGCUGGCGCCCUUGCUUGCCAUGUUCGGUCGCCGAAGACAACAUAGCAUUGCCACCUGAUAGUUGCUGAACAGCGUCUUAAAAUGAUUGCUGCAGACUCAUGUGCUUUCGCUCCCUCACUGUGCGAGUGGGCUCCGCCGAUAGCGAAAUCAGGUACCCCAUCGCCUGCAUGCAGAAAGAAAUACAAUGUGUAUGGCCUUCAUUCACAGACAGACGUAGCGAUUACCGUUGAAGUCGCCCAGCCCUUUAAGGCUCCAUCCAAUGUUUUCUUCAUCGCCAUCAGGGGCGCGAGUAGAAUCGAAGAAGCGGACACCUUCACUGAGGAUCACAGAAGACAGACUCUCAUACUUCUUUGCAGACAGCACGUUGCGACCAUGCUUACGAUCCGAGUGUAUAUUUUGGUGCACCAAACGGUUUAUCUCCUUGCCGUCCAAAAAUCAAGUAGACAACACCUCUCGUUUCUGCCGGGUACUUUUUGCCGGGGUCGGAGAUGAGAAUGUCAUCGAUGCCGUCAUUAUUCACGUCGCCAAUGAAGUCUGCUAUGCCCAACGAAGCCGUACUGUAAGAAUAUGAGGAUCCUCCCGUUGCUCGACGGAUGACGAACCCUCCUGAGCCGUCCAGGUCGUACACAUCUAUGGUGUUGGCCGGCUCUUCAAGACGCCGGACGCUGCUGGCAUAAUGAUUGUCGACCAGGUUGUCGAUGGCCUGAAAUGGAUGAAUUGCAAGAAGGAAAAGAAGGACCAGCGAAGCCCAAAAGAGGCCGCCGACCAAUGGCAU